AUGUAACCACGCCCCAAACAGUGUGAGAGAUGCGUCACGUGUAGUGCUGAGAGUUUCACCGGUUCAAGCUGAAAAUGGUUGUUAAUAUUAACUCACCAGGCUGUAAUGAAAGUUUGGAUUAUCGUCGACGGAUGCCACAUGCAGACACACGUGGGAUAUUUUCCAAUUGAUUGAAAAACAAAUCGCCAAUGCAGUGAAGCCAGAGACUCCAAUUUCACAAUCUGAAAUUGUGUGGAAUACUGUGGAAAUUAUUUGAAGAGGAGAGUGAGGACAUCAAUUAUCUGAAUGCAGCAAGAUGCAUGAGGAUACUGAGGAGCAAAUAGAUGAGAUGGAAGAACAAGAGAGGCCUUAUUUGUGUCCAGUGUGUGGAAAGAGUUUUUCACGAAUGGCCAAUUGCAAGAAGCACCAGAAGAUCCAUUCUUCUGUGAAAAAUCAUGUUUGUGGUGAGUGCGGAAAGACCUUCAUUACAUCUGAAUAUCUGCGAAAGCAUCAGAAAACUCACACUACAGAAAGACCAUUCACAUGCUCUCAGUGUGGACUGAGUUUCAAAGGAAAAGGCCACCUUGUGACACAUGAGAGAAUCCACACUGGAGAGAAGCCGCACAUAUGCCGUCAGUGUGGGAAGAGCUUCAUACAGUCAUCAGGACUCAUUUAUCACAUGCGUCAUCACUCUGGAGAAAAAGCAUUUAAGUGUGAUCAAUGUGGGAAAAAUUUUACCUCAUCAGCAAAUUUAAAAAAACACCUAACACUUCAUACGAAUGAGAGGCCCCAUAAAUGCUCCUUGUGUGGAAAGUGUUUUCCAAGGCUGGACUCAUUGAAACAGCACCAAAAAAUCCACGAUGCUGUGCGGGAUCACAUGUGUUUUGAGUGUGGAAAGAGCUUUAUAGCUGCUAGUCAUCUCAAGCAGCACUGUAGGAUUCAUAAUGAUGAAAAACCAUUCAGCUGCUCACAGUGUGGAAGGAGUUUCACACAAAAAGGACACUUAAACAGGCACAUACAAACACAUGCUGGAGAGGAACCUCAAAAAUCAAAAGAACCUCAGUCAAAUAAAUGAAAAUGUGUUCAUGCAGAUGUGCUAUUGUUCAAAUAGAGAUGUAUCUGUUUUUUUUUUUUAAUACGAAUAA